UUUCAUUAAGGAUACGUAUAUUGCCGCCCUCCAAUGAAUUAGGAAAGAUUUGAACUUAUGCUCCCUUUAGACAGAUCAAGAAACGAGUUAAUGAGAGAUGAACUGGUAAAUGCAUAUUCAUUGGCAAAGCAGUUCAUUCACUCCCAGGAAGAGGCCGUUAAAAAAAAAUAACGAAGAUGAUACAGAAAUAUGACAUGCUAACUGCAGGUAUUUUUAUUUUAUCUUUAAUCAGUACCUUCUUGGGCCUUACUGGCCAAAAAUCAGGGAUUACUAAAUUUUGUCGAACCUUUAACUAUUUUUAUUUUUGUUAAGAAGUAAAAGGUUUAAAACUUCAAGAGAUUAAUGUCAGUUGGUUUUUUCAACCAGGUUUCCUUAUUUGGUACCUGAGAUCCAUUAAGUCAUCAUCAAAUAUACCCUUCUCUGUUAGUGUCAACCCUUUGCUGAUGAAAUUCCUUUAUAUAAAUUGUUUCAUAGGUCAUAGUAGAACUGACUACUACUCCAUUGAAUUUUCAGAACUAGUUUAUAAAAUAUUGUCUGUUUGUGGCCAAGGCACAUUGAUAGAUCCCAGGCAUUGAUUUUCCCCUUUGAGAUGAUGUAUCUCUCUCCUUUGUACCUGCAGUAUCUGCCAGUUAUGCUUUCAUAAUUUGACUAUUUUAUUCAUUAGGGAUAACAAAAGGGUAGGUUUCCUCUUUCUUUGGUAGAAAUAUUACAAAGUGAUUUAUUAAUCUUUUGAAACUGUAGGGUAAAUUUUAAAGAAUUAAAAAAAUUUCAUACUUUUAUUGCCUCGUCUCAUUGUAACUUACAUAAAUUAUCUCUUGGGAUAGGAAUGGUUUAUUAAGCUUAAUGUAUUCAAAGGUGAAUAAAGGAUUAUCAUAUCCAAAUGCCCAUUGACUUUUUGUCCGCUAGCUUAUCCAAGUGCUCUGGACACCCUAUUUUUCUGCAGUUAAUGGCACUACCUGAUCACAGAUGGAAAGUAGGUAAUAUUUGGUUGGAACAUCUGGGUCUAAGUUUCAUUUUCUUUUGCCACAAGACAGAGUAAUUAAAAGAUAGAAUAUGUGGGAAAUUUAGAGUAGGCUUUGGUAAGACCAUAAAAUGUUUCCAAAUCAUUUGUGAUUUGAAUAAGGUGCAAACACAGAUUACUAAGAGUUUCAAAGAGCAUUUUUGAAUACUAGAGCCCUUGAACUUUCCAAAAUGCUGUUUAUCAUCAUUAUUAGAAAGUUUGGAGAUGGUAUUGAGCAGGCUAGAGUGUUACCUUUUGGUUCUAUGAGCCACAAUAGAAGGAGAACAGUACAAAGAUAAGAGAAGACAAAGUUUUCCAAGGGAGUGGAACAGCAAAGUGUUUGAGAUGAGAAUAAGAAUAAAGGGAAUUGGGAGAAAGAGAACGAGAGAUAAUCAAUAGUCAUUUCAAUGAGUUAAUUUCAGUUAAUUAUUUUCCAUCACACUGUGGUCUCCAAACUGUCACUAUUCAAGACAUAAUGCAAAUAGAACCGGUGGGAAUAUGCAACUAGAUGACCAUUAUCUCUCAGUUAAUAGGCUAAUACUUCUAGCAAAUAUGUAAGUUCUUAUCAUUUGUUAGGGAAGAUAGUAGGUGCAUCACUGACAUAUAGUUUCUGGACAGUCAUAGCCUGCUGUGAACACAUACUCUGCUACUUUUCUGCAGGAGGAUGAAAAUGACAUUGGGCAUUCUUUCCUCUUACCUUAUCAUCUAGAUAAGAGAUUUUUGACAGUUUUUUAUCACUUAAAAAUCUAUUUUAUGUUUGCUUUCUAAGAUGAAGCCCCAAGUUUCUAAUUAUAAAUGGAUAAAAAUGGGGCAACAUAGUUUUGUAGUCAGGGAAUUCAGAGAUCAAAAAAUUUAAAAUGUGUUCGUAACUGUUAGGUUACUUUACUAUGGAUUCUGAGACAGUAAGGAGGGGAAAACGGGUAUCCAACAAAGAAGUAAGCAAACUUUAUAAUUAGAAAUUGGAUGUAAAAGAAGAGAUUCCAGUUUCACAGUUGAUCUUUUUAAGUCAAGUGUCCACUCAUUUUAAUAAAAUCUUCCCCACUUAAGGAAGAAGAGGUUUUUUUCCUCAACGAAUGCGAACAUCUACAGGUUCUAUUGUGGCCAGAACCUUCAAGGAGAUGUAUAUAAUCUGGAAAACCACAUCACUUAAUAUUAGAUGGGCUACCUGGUGUAAAUGACCUCAUAAAGCCUCUGCCACCCUGAAGUUCUGGGACUUACUAUUUAUGACUUGGGUUUGGUCCUCAGAGGCUCAUGGGUAGAGAAAACCAGACAUGGAUGUGUGAAUUCAUUCUGCUCAGAUUGUCCAGUGCCUGGGAGACUCAGGUCUUCCUCUUUGUCCUGUUCCUGGCCAUGUAUCUGGUGACUAUGCUGGGGAACUUCCUCAUCCUCCUCCUUAUCAGGCUGGACAGCAGGCUCAAUACACCCAUGUACUUCUUCCUUGGUGUCCUGUCAUUUGUGGACAUCUGUUAUACCAAUAGCACUGUCCCACAGAUGCUUGUUCACUUUCUUUCAGCCUGGAAGUCUAUACCAUUCCACAGCUGUGUGCUCCAGCUGUGUGUCUCCUUGGCAAUGGGCAGCAUGGAGUUCUUCCUGCUGGGGGCCAUGGCCUAUGACCGCUACGUGGCCGUGUGCCACCCACUGCACUACACGCUCAUCAUGCAUGGAGGGCUGUGCCUGGGGCUGGCGGCCGGCUGCCUGGUGGCUGGCUUCUCAAAUUCACUGAUGGAAACAAUUAUCACCUUCCAGCUUCCCCUGUGUCACAAUGUUAUUAAUCACUUUGCCUGUGAGACCUUAGCAGUGCUACGGCUAGCCUGUGUGGACGUCUCCUUCAACAAGGCCAUGGUGGCCAUCUCAGGGUUUCUGGUGAUCCUGCUUCCCUGUUCACUGGUCCUAUUCUCCUAUGCUCGCAUAGUUGCUACCAUUCUUCGCAUUCCUUCUGCUCAGGGGCGCCGCAAAACCUUUGGGACCUGCGCCUCUCACCUCACUGUGGUUUGCAUGUGCUUUGGGGCUACAAUGUUCACCUACAUGAGACCUGUGGGUGGCUCCUCCGUGGAACAGGAGAAGAUGGUUGCCCUCUUUUAUGCUGUCGUGACUCCAAUGCUUAAUCCCUUAAUCUACAGCCUGAGGAACAACGACGUGCGGAGUGUCUUACAAAGAGUGUUGCAAAAAUUUAGUGAAAAAGGAUGAAGAUUCAAUGAAUUUCUCCUCCCUUCCAACAGUCCAAAGGAAGACAUUACAAAGAAGAAAUGAUUGCUAUGCCCUUUCUCCUAAGAUUUUCUGACAAGGUAGACCAAGGGGAGCAUGUUUUUGUACACUGGCUCUGGCACUAUAGCUCUAAGAAUCACAGCCCUGUUAAAUAUGUGGCAAGAAAACAAAAACAAAAAAUUCCAAUUGUGAAACUGGGGUCCGCUUGGGAAUCUAGCCUCCUAGACUUCACACGCUUCCUUUGUUUCAGGAAAUAUACUGUGGACAGGGUGAAGAGCUUCUGAGUGAGACCAGCCACACUUUGUGUCUUGACCCUACCUCUCACCAACAAUGUGGCUUUCAACAAUCUCUGACCUCUAGUUCCCUCAGCUAUUAAAAGAAGCCAUAAUACCUAAUGUGUGAUGAUUUUGAAGAUUAUAGAUAAUCUUUUUAAAAUACCUGGCAGAGUGGCUGGCAUAGAGUAGAUAUUCAACUACUUAAAAAAGAUUUUUAGGGUAAAUUAUAGGCCUAAGUAUUAUGCAAUCCUCUCUCUCCCAUAUGGUUAUUCAAAAUGGGCUUUAUAAAAUUACUGUGGAUAUAGUGGCUUGCUGUUCUCUGUCUCCUCCAAGUGCUCUUGCCCAGACUCAUGGCAUCUAUCACCUAUCUAUCCACACAUCUAUAAUGAAGUUCUUAAUUUUCUUAGUUCCGGAAUAGAGAAGAUCUUUCUCAUGGGCUCCAAACACAUGUGUCCAAUUGCUUGCUUAAUAACAGUUAUGAAAAAUGAAUCACAUUCUUAACAUGGCUAAACUGGUACUAUUGUGCUUGCUUCCUCUACGGCAAACUGCUCAUCUCUUGCCCCAGUAUACCGUCACUAUAUCAGUAAAAGGAACACACUCAGAAUAAUUCUGGAUUCCUUCCCUUUACAUCUAAUUGUCAAUGAAUUCUGUUAGCUUUAUCAACAAUUAUAUAUGAUUGAUCUGCUUUCUCUGUUUCCAUCUCUACUUUCUACAUUUUAUUCUUUACACAAUAGCUUAAUUUUUAAAAUUACUAUUUGUUUUUAUGUAAAAUAAAAUACAGAAGCAGGAAACCACACUAAACACUUGUGUAACUUAGUGAAUUACCAUUAGCCAACCUGCUUGUCAGCACUGCUCAGAUCAAAAAUAGAACUACCAGCUACUGCAGAAGCCCCUCCAUGUGCCCCAUCCUAAUCACCCAACCCCUUUUCCCAAU